CCUCCCCUUCAAGGAAGCUGGGCAACAGGGGAGGCGUUGCUUCAGAUAGUCUCCCGAUCCCCGAUCGGUUGACGGUGGAGUUUUCCGCCAUGGGUCCCCGAGCCGAAUGCCGGACGCUGUUCGGGCAGACUGCAUCCUCCAUGUGGUGCAGCACUUCUUUAAAAGCUGGCGAGGGCUUCACCAACUUGACCCAUUGGUCUGAUCUGGUCGAAGCAGGCCAUGCUGAGUCCCUUAAGGCCGGUACAUACUAUCACCGGGCCUUCCUAGCAGCUGAACGGGAGAUGACCCUUCUUCAUCAGGAGCUGGACGAGAGCCAAACCCUUUUGGCUGCUGCUAGGAAAAUGGCUGCAAAUCUCCAAGAUCGAGCCAACAAGGGUGACAAGGCCAGGGCUGAAUUGGCCGAACUGGAGCAGAGGCUCCAGCGUCGCGAUCGGGAGAUCCGGGCGCUGAAGGACAAGAUUGCUGCUGCCGAAGCUGCUGGUGUCAAGUUCAAAAAGACCCAGCCUAAAGAGGGCGGACAGCCAGCAGCACCCGUUCAGGCCGAUAUUUCUAGAAUCACUCAGCAGGCAGUGAUUGAUUUCCAACGGGGUAAAGGUUUGAACGUAGCUCUGGAGGAGACUGCCCGGGAGUUCCUUGGAAAGCAUCUUGGGGAGUUCUUGAAGAAGAGUAAGGAUCCUCUUCGUGAUGGCCUCCAGCUCCUGGAUGAGACCCCGUCCGGGACUGCAUUCGCUAAUGCUCUGGCGAGAGACACCCUUGUUAAGUGCCAGGAUAUGCUGGUCGACCGGAACCUGGAGGUGAUCAAGGAGUCUUUUGACGAACCCUUCGACCCCAAGGAGGAAGGUUUUGAUCCGUUAUUCUGCCGUGCUUAUCAACGUGUGAUGGAGAAGAGGCAAAAGGCUAAAGAUUCAGCCAAUCCCCCAAACUCCAACUCGGAUGCUGUGCC